UAUUCUUACUUCAGAAAAAUUUGUGUAUAAUCUUGGUAUAUUAUAUGAUUCAUUAAUAGAACUAUCUGAUUUAUCCAAACAAUUACAAAAAAAAGAUAUGACAUUACCUGUUGCUCAUAGAACUAUUCAAUAUUCAAUUAGAGUUCUAGAAUCGAUGGCGAAUAUUCCCGGUCCCAAAAGUCAAGAGGUAAUAUCUGCUUAUGAAAUAAACAAAUUUAAAGCAAUACCACUCUAUUCUAAAUCGUCAAUAGUAAAAAUACAAAUAGCACAAUUUUUCAUUAGCUUAAGUAAUUAUAUGAAAGAAAGACUCAUGACCAUUCAAGCUAGCAAUGUUUCGUCAUGUGAAAUUUAUAAUGAAUUUCAAAUAAAUUUUAAAAACUUAAUUGAAGACUUUGAAGUGUUUUCACCAGAAAAUUGGUCUGACAAUAUGGACAUUCAAUAUGGAGAUACAAAUAUUUGUCGCUUGUCACAAUUGUUUCAAAUUGACCAAGUUUUAGCUGUUCGGGGUUUUCGUGAAUACAAAGAAAACAAAAUACUAAACAGUGACAUAAAACCACUUUUAACUAUAAUUAAUUCAGUUCGUGUUCGACUCCCGUCAGAGCAAAACGUAUGUUUUCCGUAUCGCUCCCGUAUUUUUAGCUUCGAUAGCGUAAAGACGAGUCUCCCAUAGCAGCCUGCAGGUAUUAUGAUUAUUACUUUUCCUAUAUCACACAACGUCCAAAUUUAAUUAUCACGACAUCGCACUAGAUAACGGCCGCCGCCGCACGCAGCCAAUGCCUGCCAAGGUCACUUGCUUGCUUAUCAAAUCUAUUUCUAAUGAGUCCGAAAUUAUCUCUGUUAAUUAUCUCCAAAGUCCAUACACCUUCACAGUCCGACGAUAAAUCACCGUCGGUAUGCACCAACAAUGAACCUAAUUAACAAAUAGUACACAACAACCGCAACCGAUCACCACAACAAAAUUCCCCUCCCACUAAAAAAAAAAAACAAACUCUAAUAUUUUUUUUGCAUCCAAAAACCGCUACGCACCGCUCUCGUCGUCUACAAAGACAAAUGAAAAUGAAAAUGAUCCUCAACAUAUGGAAAUCUCAUCUGAACAGCCCACCGAAAUCAAUAAUGAUACGAAUACUAUCAAAAUAAAUCUUUCACCCCCUAUCUUCGUUGAAGCGAACUUAAAUUUCAAUACCUUAUGUCUCAAUCUUAAGGAAUUGACCGACACCUCCAGUUUUGUUUGCAAAAGAACCACAAAAGGUGUUAAAAUAUAAACAUUUAGCUCCGAUUCCUACAGAUCAAUAAUCAAAUUUCUUAAAGAGGAAGCUGUCUCCUUCCACUCUUAUCAAUCGAAAGAAAACAAACCGUUCAGAAUCGUUAACCGUAAUCUUUAUCCUUCUACCGAAAAAAACCAUAUCUCCAAGGAACUAUCGGAACUUGGGAUUCAAGUUAAAAAUAUAACAAACAUACUCGAUAAAUCCACAAAAACUCCGUUGCCCCAAUUCUUAGUCGACCUAGAACAAUCCGAGUCAAAUCAAGACAUCUUUAAAGUAACACUUCCCUAUUACUUCAAAGUCAAAGUCGAGACUCCCCAUAUCAAAAAAGAAAUCCCCUAAUGCCAGUCUUACGGCCACACUCGCAGUUAUUGUUUUCAUAACCCAAGAUGUGUCCGGUGUGGUAACAACCACGAAUCAACUCAAUGUCAAAAAGACCGCACUGAACCAGCCAUACUAAACAAUAUAAACGAACUACAUUUAUCAUUAACUGAAAAUCAAGUCGACAUAGCCAUAAUUUCAGAAACACAUCUUACAAAUAAAUCGACCCUAAAAAUAUAAUGAGAGCAAACCACCCAGACGGCACCGCUCAUGGUGGGGCAGCGUUAAUCAUCUCUAAUAAAAUAGCGCACACUUCUUCUCUACCAUGUACAUCACUCGAUAUGCAAGUAAUUGACAUUUCUCUGAUUAUUAACUCUAUUCCGGUUUCCAUUGCAUCUGCUUAUCUCCCCCAAGGCCGAAAAUUCCCUGAUAAUGAAAUCUUAUUAUAUCUAACCGAGAUUAAUCAUUCAUUCCUACUUGGAGCCAAUUUUAACGCUAAACACCAUUGUUGGGGCUGCUCAACAAUCAACACUCGAGGCCGCUCUCUACAGAAUCUCAUCAUAACCAAAAACGCCAAAGUUCUUGCACUACGCGCACCAACCUACUGGCCUUCUCACCAACACCGCAACCCUGAUUUUCUCGACUUCUUCAUCUCUUACCUCCCUAAUCAUCUUCAGACAAAGCUAACCAACCUAAACGAUCCAGCAUCGGACCACACUCCAAUAUUGAUUCAAAUAAAUUCCCCAAUUUCAUCGUACAACAAUAAUAAUUCUUCCAAAAUAAUCUGGCUAAGGGUUUCGUACCAUUAUGACUUGCAACACUAAUCUCAACAUCAAGCUAAAAUCCCACGCAGACAUUGACAUUGCCAUAAGCACUUUUACAGAAACUAUUUUCAAUGCAAAAAAAUGCUUACUCUCCAUUACACGGAUCGAAGUCUGACCAUCUUAUCACACCGGAAAUCAGACAACUUAUAACUGAAAAACGCAGAGCCCGCAAUCCCUGGCAACAUUCCCACUACCCUGAGGACAGGCAUAAUUAUAACUCACUAUCAAAUGAACUUAAAUCUGUCCUCAAGACUCACAAAAAAGAACUUUAUAAAUCUCACCUUGCUUCUCUUUUUCCAAACAAUGGCACACUCUGGAAAAAAAUCAAAUCUCUUCUACAACAUAAGGAAACACUUCCAUCACUACUCCGAGAUGACAACUCAUUAGCAGUCGACGAUCAAGAUAAAGCCGAUCUAUUAGCUUCUCACCUCGUUGACUCAUUCAAACCACACUCUUCUCUUCCUAGUCAAAAUCACAUUGACUUAGUUUAAACAUACCUCAUCUCUCCAUUACCAAUGGCCCUACCAGCCAAACACACAACUCCUGCUUAAGUCUCCAACAUUAUCAAAAACCUGAAAAACAACAAGUCACCCGGACACGAUAAAAUCUCAAAUAAAAUCAUCAAAAACCUCCCUUCUAAAUCAAUUAUUUGACUGACUUAUAUAUUCAAUGCCCCACUUCGUCUAUCUUAUUUCCUCCCUACUUGGAAGAAUUCAAUCAUCAUAGCAAUAUUGAAGCCUGGAAAAUCUUCUAGCAGCCCUUCCUCAUACAGACCAAUCAGUCUCCUGAUGGCAUUUGGUAAAAUGUUUGAAAAAAUAAUACUAAAAAGGCUUAUGCCAAUAGUUCAAAAUGAAAAUAUUCUGCCUGACAUUCAGUUUGGCUUCCGUUCUAAACACUCCACCACCCAUCAACUUCACCGCGUAACAGAUUUUUUUCCCUCGGCACUCGAAUCAAAAAAAUACUGUUCAGGAGUUUUUCUAGACGUUGCGAAGGCUUUUGAUACCGUUUGGCACCGUGAACUAUUGUUUAAACUUAAAAAAAUAUUCCCAGUCCCCUACAAUCUACUCUUAAAGUCAUACCUCGAAAACAGAUCGUUCAGAGUCAGAACAAACACCAGACUAUCAACUCAUCAUGAAGUUCAAGCUGGCGUUCCGCAAGGCAGCGACAUCGCCUCAUUUCUCUACAUUUUUUACACUGUUGAUAUCCUAGUUAGUCAGUUCACUCUCAUUGGAACUUACGCUGAUGACAGCCAUACUUGCCUCAAGUGUUGACCCUAUCCUUGCCAGCCAUCAAAUCCAAACACACCUAAACAUCCUUAUGCCUUGGUUCAAUAAAUAGGGAAUUAUAAUCAACCAAACCAAGUCUUCGCAUAUAACCUUUUCCUUACGACCACAUGACUGUCCGCCGAUCAUCAUGAAUAAUUGCACUAUUCUUCAUUGCACGAGUGUCAAAUAUCUCGGUCUCACAUUCGACAGAAAACUUACAUGGGGUCCUCAUCUCAAGGACAAACGAAAACAAUUAAAUAGUAGACUUCACCUACUUAGACCCUAACUAAGAUCAAACAUCAACAUUCAAAACAAAAUCCUUAUAUACAAAUGACUUCUCCGACCCCUAUGGACCGAUGGCAUUAUACUAUGGGGCCCAACCAAAAAAUCAAAUGCAAAAACGAUCCAAGCAUUCCAAUCAAUUUUUCUGCGUAUCAUUGCCAAAGCUCCUUGGUACGUAACGAACAAAUUACUCCACGAUGACCUCCAAAUCAAAACCGUCCACGACACAGCCACCAUUUUCUAUAAUAGAUUUCAUGAGAAACUCCUCAUGAACCACAACCACCUCAUCUCUCAACUGGCCUCAAACACACUUCCAGACAACCCCGCAAGACGUCUCCAACGCAACUGGUGCAGAGAUCUGCUUAUCCUUUAAAAUACAUUUAUAUAAGUCAUAAAAAUUUUUGUUUUCUUUUUUUUUCUAUUAAUUCUUUGUAAAAGGUGACUCGACUGCGAGUCUUCCUUCAUGUCACUCAAAGUCAUUUUAUAUUAUUCUUAUAUCAUAUUUACUUAUUGUAUAUAAUGUACAGAUUGUAAAUUUUCAA